CGGAGAAGCAGACGAGGCCUAUCACGCCCGGAUGCUGGCCUGGAGUACCAAAACAAAGAAACGGGCAGAUGACGCAGCAGCAGCAGCGAAGAAGAAGGCAGAGGACGCCGAGCAGGCACGUCUGUUGGCACUUGAACAACAGCGCCAGCAUGACGAGGCAGCAGCAAAGGCUGCCGAUGAAGAAAAAAUUCAACGUCGUGAGAAGAUAUUUAGCGGAGAGGAAACAUUGCUCACCAUGGCAGCGGAAUGGCGGACCGAGGCCGAGAAUGGUAAGCUGGAGGAUAGCGAAAACAAGAUCGCUCUCCUCCUCUCCCAUCUCACAGACCUCCUGGCUACAUGCAUUACACAGCAGGAGGAUAUCCACAGCCUCGACGACUCGCUGGCUCAAGUCCACGGUCGCCUCCGGCAGCUGGAGCAACGACCUGUCGCCGCCCCCGAUGCAAGCUCUUCCAACACCUCCGAUCGCCUCGAAGCAUUGGAGAUGGACGUCGGCUCCCUCAAGGACGGCGUGCAGUUACAGCAGACCGCAACGCAACAGUUGGAACAGCGGAUCUGUAUUGCCGCCAACAACUCAAGUUCAGAACCGCGCGAGACAGCUCCAAAGUUUGACGGGCAGGAGAUCUUCCGCGACUCGACGGAGAUAGAUCCGAUAUCAUGGUUCCGCAAGUUCGAGCUCACGUUGCAGCUUCACUACGUCAAAGUACACAAGCACCACGCAUACUUAUACUCCCGGUCGGAGGGCGUGUGCCAGGCAUGGUUGGACAAUCUCUUGUCCAAGUACGGAGUGGUAGCUGCCCACUUGCACACCAAGAUCAGUUGGGAUGAUCUGAAGGCGGCAUGGAACAAGCGGUUCCAAGUCGAGCCGUCGGAGAUCAAGGCUAUGGACAAGCUAAUGGUCUUCGAGCAAGGCAUGCUGCCGAGUACUGACUGGAUUGCCGAGUACCAACGCUUGACAUCAGUCCCAGACAUCCAGAUGGGCUUCAAGGCCAUCCGCCACUAUUUCAUCUCAAGGUCCUGUCUGACAUUAAGCAAUGCCCUGACUCACGUCGAGGACACCUUGACGACAACGGCGGAACUCUUUGACCAGGCCGCGCAGAUCAUCAUUACGAACAAGGAGGCUAAGAACCUGCGUUCGUCUGCGGCAGGCCCGAGCAGAGACCAGCAUCGGCCAAGAGUGACCGUGGUCGCGGCGGCAACGCCGUUUGACCAAACUAGCGAGGCCGUGUCUGUCAAUGAAGGAGACAGACUUGCAGCCGCCCGGCGCCCCGGCAGAGGCUGAGGACGCGGCAAGACAAAGACACGCACCGCAUCUAGCCCCAGGCCCGGCGUAGCAGCUUCAGCCCCU